AUGGCAGAGGAAACACCAGUCUUGGAGGUUGCUCCGGCGGUGAUUGAUGCUGUAGUGGAUGCGACGCCGGAAAACCUUGAAGAUGCCCUCCAUAUUGUUCUGAGGAAGUCACGUGAAGUGAACGGCCUCAUUCGAGGUCUUUCGGAGGUUACCCGGGCCCUUGACAACCGCACCGCACACCUCUGCGUUCUCGCCGAGGACUGCGAGGACGAGGAGUACAAGAAGCUUAUCACAGCACUCGCAAAGCAGGGGGAGAUUGACCUUAUCAACGUCGAGGAACGUGAGAAGCUUGCACAGUGGGCGGGCCUCGCAAAGCUGGACAGCACUGGAGAGCUGAAGAAGACUUUUAAGUGCUCCUGCGUGGCGGUGCGUGACUUCGGCGAGCGGACGAGGGCGCUCGACUUUCUCCUGUCUCAUCUGAGGUGA